ACUGACAACUUGGCUAUACAAUGUACAACUUUGAUUCCUUUUCUGAACAUAAACUACUCAUUUUAACAUAUAUGUGAAAUUACAAAUCUAUAAAAGGGGGGGGGGGGGGGAAUAAAAACAAUAUGAUGUCACGAUAAUAACAAUUCGAUCCAUUGUAAAGAUAUACACUAAUAUUAAUUAAAUUUCAUAUGCACAAAAUUGCGUAUUCGUUUGAAGAUUGAAACUUCUAUGAUUUGCACAACUUAUAUAGUUAUAUUUACCUGCAUAUUGGUGUUGAUGUGUCUUGAAUCGGACUAUCAGCCGCUACGACUGGUAGUCGGGGGUCUCGCUGCUCGGUCAGCGAGUGGGGUCCAGGGCAACGCCCCGGCGGCCCGCAGUGUAUGGGCUCAAUGUUAUUUGGGUUCGGGUUCUGGGCCUGGUCUGUAACCGUUUCCUUUGCCAGAUUGGAUUAGGUAUAGACCCACAUGGAGAAGUACUAUAAAUACUUCUCAUACUCUUCUGUAAUCUGUAAUCUCCUCGAUAUAGUGAAACUGGCUCUCUCUCGCCCGUGGACGUAGCUAACACACAUCUUGUUAGUGAACCACGUAAAUCGUGUGUCUGUGUUUUUCGAUUCUCGCUUUCAUAUUCUUGCUUUAUCGAUUUCGGUGAUUUCCCGAUCCGUAGCAGCGCGUUUAUAACAAUUUGAUUAAUAAUGUAGAGUAUAAGUCCUUUAACCUUAUGAUGGUGAGUUUGAUUAGCCUCAUGGUGGUGGGCAUUCUUCUUUUCAAAUGAUAAAAAUAACAAAACUGAAAACUUUUCUUUGGAGUUGACUUUCUUUUGUUGAUAUCAUGAGUACCACCGUACACAUCCUAAUUUUAGUUUUAAUUAAGAUGAUUAUGUGUGCAUGAACGACUUCUAAAAUUCCGGCGGCUGUUGGCGAUAAACCAUUUGACUUAUUUUGAGUUAUCGUCAUCUCAUCAGUCAUCGGCUCAUCAUGAUCAAUCUCUCAUUUGAUCAUAAAUCCUACGUCCUAGACGAAUUUAGUCCCUUAUGUUUUCAAGCUAUGCACACUUGGUCCCAAAUUCCUCAUUACGUAAGAAAUCGGAGUAGAUGCACUUGUUUCUGAAAACCAAAAUAGUAUGUGCACUAAAAGUGCUAUUAGCCUCUAGACAUAAUGACUGAAGAAAGAAACUGUUAUAGAAGAAGGAUUCGAACAGUUUCUGUACCCGCCACGUAGCAAUUUUUUAUUUUAUUUUUCUCACUCUCCCAAAAAAAAAAACCCUUUCUGCGAACUUUUCUCUUGACCGAAAAAUCGCUCUCCUCCAUCUUCUCCAAUCGGCCCCCAAUUCCCUCCCUUCUCCCUCUCUGUCCAAGCUUUCCUCCAAAUCCAUGGCGGACUCGAGGCGGUACAGAGUGGGAUACGCAUUGCUACCGAAGAAGCAGCAGAGCUUCAUCCAGGACUCCCUCGUCUCCCUCUGUCGGGAUCGCGGCAUCGACCUCGUCCCGAUCGACCUCCGCCGCCCUCUAAUCGACCAGGGCCCCUUCGAUUGCCUCCUCCACAAGCUCUACGGAGACGAUUGGUCCCGACAGCUCGACGAUUUCCGCCGCCACCACCCCGAUGCCGCCGUUAUCGACUCCCCCGAAUCCAUCUCCCGCCUCCACAACCGCAUCUCCAUGCUCCAGGUGGUCUCGGAGCUCAAAACAAACUCCACCGCAGUCUCACCAGCGGCCAGAUUCGGAAUCCCGAAACAGAUUGUGAUCUACGACAAGGAGACCCUCUCGGACCGCCGAUCAUGGGACCUUCUCAAGUUCCCGGUGAUUGCCAAGCCACUGAUCGCCGACGGUAGUGCCAAAUCCCACAAGAUGUCCCUAAUCUUCAACCACGACGGACUCGACAAGCUCAAACCCCCCAUCGUUCUUCAAGAGUUCGUCAACCACGGCGGUGUGAUCUUCAAAGUCUACGUGGUGGGCGAUUACGUUCAGUGCGUGAAGCGGAAGUCCCUCCCCGACGUGAUCCCGGGGAGCAUCAGCUCGGAGAGCUCGAUGCCGUUUUCUCAGGUGUCCAAUAUCACGACGCCACAGAGGAACAAUGACGAUGACGACGACGACGAUAAGUACGACUACUACAAGGUGAUGCAGCUGGAUGGGACGGAGAUGCCACCCCAGAGCUUCGUCGUGGACCUCGCCAGAGGUCUCAGGUCCGCGACGAAGCUCCAUCUGUUUAACUUUGAUGUAAUUAGGGAUUCGACGAGAGAGAAUAAGUAUUUAGUUAUCGAUAUCAAUUAUUUCCCCGGGUACGCAAAGAUGCCCGGCUACGAGCGGGUUCUGAUUGAUUUUCUUUGGGAUGUGGUGAGUGAGAGGAAGAGAACAACGGUGGAUCAGAUGGCGGUGGCUGCAGUGACGACGACUGCCGCCGGAGGAAAUAGGCCGGCAGCUGCAGCAGUGGGUGUGGAAGAGAAUGGUGUAAGCCCACGGCAGCAAGCGAUGUUGGGUUAUGAAGAUGAGGCAGUGAGGAAUAUUGCUGUAACGAAUAGUGGUUGUAGUACUGAUAACUGUAUUGAUGGGGAGGAUCAAAAGGAGAAAUCUCCCAUUCUUCAGGUUUGAUUAGAAGCUAAAUUAUGAAAUUUUGGUCGAAGGUUAACCUUUUGAGAGUUGAAUCAGGAUUAUUUUUGUAAGUAAUAAUGUUAGUAUUCUUUUUUACAUAUAUAUGCGUUAGUAUACACAAUAAUACACUUUUUUUACUCCUCUUAAUGAAAUCAUCUAGUUGCCUGAAGGCUGUAACCUUCUUCGUUUAUAGGACUCUAUGACUAUACAUAGAGUUGGGUGCAUGUCCACUACAAGAGAAACGGUAUACAAUGAUAAUUUGUAACUAUGAACUUCACCCUUGAACAACCAUUAACAAAAUAAUUAGUGUAAUUCAUCCUUAGAUUAGCAAAAAAUUCAGUGUGAAUCUCAUUGGUAUAGACAGAAAUAUAAUUUAUCGGUGCUCAAACAUAAUCAAAUACAAUGCUUGUUUUAGUGAUAAAAUCAUUCUCGUGGGAAGAGGAGGUCCAUAUUCGGAACUUACUAACCUCACCUAGCAAAUCCUUCAUUUCUAAUGUGUAUUCAUUUUUCAAGUGGGGUCCAUGCCAAUGAGUGUGAGAGGUAAUUUUUUUGAACACUUUUGAGGUUGUGGCUUAUGACUUUGUGAUUUUCAUUUUACUAUGGAAAGGCGUUUGAGGAUGAAGAUGAUAUCGUAAUUUUUCAAGCUAAUGAAUGAAAGAACUCAUGUUGGAACCCUGAAAUAUGACAAUUCUCAUUGGCCUUUGUUGUAGUUGCUUAACUUGACUUUUUUUUAUAUCUGGUUGAGAUAUAUGUUCGUUUGAUCUUUUACACAUAAUAUUUUUUGAUAGAGGGGGUUGCAAGGCAACCAAGAAACAAAGCACUGACGCUAAAGCCUCUGGAAAUAGGGAUGGCAAUUACCCACCCAUGGGUAAUUUUACCCAAAUCCAAAUAAAUCCAUUUAGUAUGGGUAGGGUUUGGAUGAAGUGUAUAUGGGUUUGGGGGUUUGUAGAUGGAUUUGGGUUAGGUAUGGAUAUUGCUUUCAUAAUGUAAAUGGGUAUGGGUUGGAUUUGGAUAUCCAUUUACUUAGGGUGUUUUAACUACACACACAAAGAUUGGACCUAUUUGUAAAACUUGAAAAGUUUAGGUACCAAAAUGUAAGGCCAAAAAAAUUUAGGUACCAAAACGUAAUUUUCCAUCGAUAUUUUGAGGACUUAUAUGCAAAAAAAUUAAAUUUAGGUACUAAAUCUGCAUAUCUAUUAAGUUUAAGGUACCAAACUGUAAUUUGCCUUUGGGCAUGGGUACAAACCCAAAUCCAUGUGUUAAAAACCCAACCCAACCCAAGUAAAUGGGUAUGGGUACAAAUCCAUCAAACUCUACCCAUCUACCAUUUAUUUGGAAUCCAUACCCAACCCAAUUGGGUUGGAUAGUAAAAUACCCAUGGGUAUGGGCAAAAUUGUCAUCCCUAUCUGGAAACUCGAGCUAUCUAACAAGUAGUAGAGAACCAGAUUGAAGUGACUAAUGCAAAAACAACACCAAACAGAUCUGGCCAAAGGCUCUCAACCCAUCAAUUGCUCUCUCGAAUCUUUAACCGAGAGAAGCUGACUUCAAUUAUGUUCAACCUGGUAAUUAUCUCCAAUUCCGAAGAGAUCAUCUUCUUCAUACAACCGAAAGGGAUAGAUGAGACUACACUUUGAGAUUAAGUCUACGACUCUAUUACCCCUCGCAAUAUGUAUGAACUAAUUAAACCAUCCAAUCCUGAGAUAAAAUACGAUGAAUGGAGUGCAAUAUGCUUGCGUGUGGAUGCAAAGGGUCCUGCGAUUGUUUAAUAAAGCCAACGACUAACCUAGAAUAAGAUUGGAUGAUAAGG